AUGUCAAGACUUGUAUCCCUAUUCCAAAAAUUCAAUUUUAUAGGAAGCUCAGUCAAUGAGCCGGACGAUGACAGAGAUUCUAUACCUGUUUACACUAUUAAAGAAUGUAAAAGUUAAAUAGCUUUGCCUCAAGGCACGCAUCUUAUUUCUGAUAGAAUUUUAAUAAUUCCAUUCCCAGACCUCCAUCAGCGAGCUUCAAUUUCUGCUUAUUUGAACACCUUUCAUGGAAAGAAAUACAUGAUAUGAAAUAUAAGUGACAAAAUUUAUGACACGAGCCAUUUUGGUGGCCAAGUUCUUGAUUUUGUGUUCCCAGGCUUUCCAAAUCCUCCUUUACAAGUGAUUUUUUCAAUAAUCAACUCCAUGAACGCAUGACUAAAUACAGAUGAAGAAAAUAUCAUCAUAAUUCAUGGACAAAACAAUAAAUCCAGAAGUAUCAUGCUCGCUGCUUGCUUGCUCUCAUGAAAGCAUGAAAAUAUUUCUCCAAUUCAAGGAAUUUCAGAAAUCUGUCAUAAAAUAAACGAAAACGAAAAAAUUAUAUCCCCUUCACAGGUAAGAUAUUUAUCUUAUUAUCAUCGAAUUCUAUUGGGAGAAAGAGUAAUUUUAAUAUAGCCAGUCACAUCAAAGCUGCAUUUACAUAGGAUUAUUUUGAAUAAUAUUCCAUCAAUUGAAGCAGGUGGUAUAAAACCUAUCAUAAAAAUAUUUCAAAAUAAAGGCUUACUCCCCCCCCCCUCCGUGAGCGAACAAAACCAUUAGAAAAAUCGGCAUUUUUUUGACCAAAAACCCACCCUCCGUGAGUGAACAAAAAUUUUUUUAAUAGAAAAAAUUUUAAUGGAAAAAAAUUUUGAUAUAUAAGUGAUAAUUAGUAUAAUGAAAUCUAGAGCUAAUUCUGUUUAAUUUUAAACAAAUUGCGUUUUAAAACAUAAAUUUUGCAAAUUAAAUUAAUAUUUGCUUCCCAAUUUUUGCAAAUUAGGAUUUUUUUAAAUUUCGAAAAAAAUAUUUUUUAUAAAAUUUAUAUAUAAAUUUUUUUUAAAAAAAAAAAUUAACCCCCCUCCGUGAGCGAACAAAAUUUUUUUGUUCGCUCACGGAGGGGGGGGGGGGAGUUAGCAUAUUCAAGCGACUCUGAUAAUUUGCAAUUUUUCCCAUCUGAAAACCUUUUCAUUUCUUUUGAUUUAGAUGUAGAAAUAGAAGGAGACGUACUAAUUGUUUGUAAGCAUUUAACUGAAGCUAAUAAAUUGCUCACAACCUUCAAAGUGAUGCUCCAUACUGCUUUUGCAAACCAAAACGUGCUGCAUAUCAUUAGAAAUGAAAUCGAUUUGGCUUGUAAUGACGAAAAAUAUAGUGAUUAUUUCGCAAUGGAUUUAUUUUUUGAUAGAAUUGAAGAAGUUGGGGUAGAAAAAAGCAACCAUCUUUGGGUUAGCGUAGAAAGGUCUAGAGGAAUUAUAAGGGAAGAUGCGGUAGAAGAUAAAGGUGAGAUGGAUUUUAUGAAUAAGUUCAGUAUUGGGGAUAUUGAUGAAGAUAGCUAUGAAACUUUAUAG